GUUCACUACGAUUGUUGGAUAAUGUUUCAUUGCAGAGUGACAAAUGUGGCAAGUCAUAGUUGCGCUACCGUUACAUCGUAGCUAGCUAACGUUAGCCCCUAAUGCUAUAUUCAAAUCAACAAGCGCCAAAAACAGAGCAUCGGUGACAGUAGAUGGAAUAAGAGCCUAUUCAGCAGCUAAAGCAUGCUCUUGGCUCAGAUAAACCGGGACUCCCAGGGAAUGGCAGAGUUUCACGAUGCAGACGGGCAGCCGGUCACUCUCUGUCUGACAGAGGCCGUGACUGUAGCAGAGGGUGAUCAGAUGGAGAGCAUGGAUACGGUGAGCCUGCAGGCUGUAACGCUUGCAGAUGGAUCCACUGCGUACAUCCAGCACGACUCCAAAACGUCCUUUUCAGAUGGACAGAUCAUGGACGGCCAGGUGAUCCAGCUGGAGGAUGGCUCUGCUGCCUACGUUCAGCAUGUGUCGAUGCCUAAAGGAGGAGGGGACAGUUUACAGCUUGAAGACGGACAGGCAGUUCAGCUUGAAGAUGGAACAACAGCCUACAUUCAUACACCCAAAGAUACGUAUGACCAGAGCGGCCUGCAGGAGGUGCAGCUGGAGGACGGCAGCACCGCCUACAUCCAGCACACAGUGCACAUGCCCCAGUCCAACACCAUCUUGGCCAUCCAGGCUGACGGCACCAUUGCAGACCUGCAGACCGAAGCCACUUCCAUUGACCCCGAGACCAUCAGCGUGCUGGAACAGUACACCACCAAGGUGGAGAAUAUAGAGAACCCCUUGGGGUCCUUCGGCAGAGUGGAAGCAGACAAUGGCGUCCACAUGCGGAUUGUGUUACAGGGCCAAGACAACAGGCAAGGAAGGGGCUCAAAUGUAGGCGAGAAGUCUUUCCGCUGUGAAUACGAGGGCUGUGGAAAGCUGUACACCACUGCCCACCAUCUUAAGGUACACGAGCGCUCCCACACUGGAGAUAAACCAUACAUCUGUGACUAUCCUGGCUGUGGGAAGAAAUUUGCAACAGGGUAUGGACUGAAGAGUCACUCGCGCACACACACGGGGGAGAAGCCAUACAGAUGUCAAGAGCUGAACUGCUCCAAGUCCUUCAAAACCUCCGGAGACCUUCAAAAGCACACAAGGACUCAUACAGGAGAGAAGCCUUUCAAAUGCCCAGUGGAAGGCUGUGGCAGGUCGUUUACCACCUCAAACAUUCGCAAAGUUCACAUCCGAACACACACUGGAGAACGGCCGUACUACUGCUCUGAGCCAAGCUGUGGACGGUCAUUCGCCAGUGCCACCAACUACAAAAACCAUAUGAGGAUACACACUGGAGAGAAACCAUAUGUGUGCACAGUGCCUGGCUGUGAAAAACGCUUCACAGAAUACUCCAGCCUUUACAAACACCAUGUGGUUCAUACACCCUGCAAACCUUACAACUGCAACCAUUGUGGGAAAACCUACAAACAGAUCUCAACACUCGCCAUGCACAAACGCACUGCCCACAACGACACAGAGCCCAUCGAGGAGGAGCAGGAGGCCUACUUUGAACCUCCAACAGAUGCCAUUGAUGACCCAAACGUCAGCUAUACGGCAGCAGUGGUUGAAGCAGAUGACUCCGGCUCGGAGCAGGUGCCCGUGGAGAGCUCGGACAUGGUUGGUCAACAGCACGUGGCCUUGGUAACGCAGGAGGACGGAACGCAACAGCAGGUCAGUAUCUCUGAAGCAGACUUACAAGCUAUGGGUGGCACAAUCACCAUGGUAACCCAAGAAGGCACAACCAUAACCAUCCCAGCCCACGAACUGGCAACGCAAGGUUCUCACUCAGUUACCAUGGUAACAACAGACGGCUCAGAUGAACAGGUGGCCAUCAUGACACCCGACAUGGCCUCAUUUCAGACUGUGGAGGAGGCAGCCUACAGCCAAGAACAGGAUGACCUUCAUCCUGUCACAUUAUUGGCUACAUCCAACGGCACUCACAUUGCUGUGCAGCUCAGUGAUCAGCCUUCGUUGGAGGAAGCCAUCAGAAUAGCAUCAAGAAUACAGCAAGGAGAGUCACCGGGCCUGGAUGAUUGAUGGACUCAUUAUGAACUAUAAUAUAGGAUUAAAACCAUCUCACUUGGGACUGUAUCGAUGAGAGAAAUCACGAGUCUUCCUCCAUGGGUUUUUUUCCAUUAAAGCUUUUAUGUGUAAA